AUGUCAACUAUUUCUGAUAAAUUAUCAACGGAUCAAAACUAUUUCUCAGUGCCUGCACCACCGAAACCAACUAGAAUAUGUGGAUAUUUUGGUGUUCAUAAAGUUGCAAUUCUUGGAAUCCUAUUCAAUGCAAUCUCCCUCUUCUCAUUUUAUGUCUAUGUGUUGGUCAGGUUAAUCCAGAAGACGCCAAAGAAUUAUGUGGAGUUUAUAGUGAUCUCGUCUGUUAUCAUCGUCCUCAUCCUCUCAUUUAGUAUGCUUUUCAUCAUGGCAGUUUUCCGUGCGAGACCCAAAUUCCUCCUACCGUAUAUGGUUCUCAACACGAUUCUGUUUUUCGCCUAUGCUGGAGCGAUAAUCGGAUCGACUAUAACGGUGCCUGAUGAAAUUAGAGAAGAGGUCAAUGGACAGGAUCGGAGCUACAAAAUUGCAGAUAUCAUUUUAUUACGGGUAGCCUUCCUCCUGUUUGGUGCAUUUGAAAUAUUCUUCAUCUACUCGUACAUUUGGACUUAUAUCGAUGUUCGGAGGCUGUAUCUAUUCAAUCGCAGAUAA